UGAAUGAUGAAUGGGAGCGUUCUUGCCUCUGCCCGCUGCUCAGUUAGAGAGCCCGGGGCUGGAUCCUCCCCGGGAAUGAAGAUAAUUCCUGACUAAUACCUGGAUAGCGGGUGUUACCUGGACAAACACCGCUGUCUUUCGGCGCAGCGCCGCCUCCGCUGCGGGAAGCGCCGGGCUCGGUGCAGCUCCUCGGAACGCCGCUCGCACGACUCCCAGCAUCAGCAACCCGCGGGCCGGGGCCGGCGUUGCGCGGUUCUCCCCCGGCGGGGUGUCCCGGUGCACCGGAAGGCCGCGGCCGGGGGGGGGCACCCCCUUCCUCCGCUUCCCCGGCUCGGGCCGGCGCUGCAGCGGGAGGCGGGGCCGGGGCCGGGGCCAUGCCAGGCGGCGGGGCCGCGCUGCGCCGGGCGCUGCUGGGAGCGCGGCGGGCGGUGGGGCUGCGGGGAGCCGCCGGCGGGAGCCGCGCUGCCAUGUCUUCACAGUCCCACUGGUUGACGACGGAGGAGAGGAGCCAAGUUUUACUUGAUCUCAAAGCUUCGGGCUGGUCGGAGUUGGGCGAAAGAGAUGCCAUCUACAAAGAGUUCAAUUUCAAAAAUUUUAAUCAGGCUUUUGGAUUUAUGACACGUGUUGCUCUACAAGCAGAGAAGAUGAAUCACCACCCGGAAUGGUUUAAUGUCUACAGCAAGGUUCAGGUAACUCUGAUUUCCCACGACUGCGGUGGACUGACCAAAAGAGAUGUGAAGCUGGCUCAGUUUAUUGACAAAGCUGCUGCCUCAGUGUAACCAGGAUAUAAAACAUUUUAAUACAGUGUCCACCAGUAUUAUGUAAAUGAUAUCCCUCAUUCCUUGUAAUCCUUAUUUCUCAAAUCUUCUGAGACAGGAUGCUUUGUAAAGAGUGGCUUAGCUUUGUUGGUCUUUAAGAUCUUAGCCUUGUGACCCCUCUGGAUACCUGUGCUUGUCCUUUGCCAUCGCUGGCUCUGCAUGAGGAUGUAGCAGAUAAAUCACUACCAAACAAGUUUUGAACAAUGCUUUUCUAGAAACUCCAACAAGUUGGAAGGAAAGCAGGAGCCCAGCUGCACGUGUCAUGGUUCCCCAAGCCCACAGGAGCCUGCCCCAUGCCUGGGCACUUCCCUACCAUAGAUUUGUACAUCUCUGCACUUCAAAUAGUGUCAGGGUCAGUUGCUCUGGCUUGGUACCUCCAUCUCUGCCAGUGACCUGUGGCAAGUGCAAGGGAUGUUGGUGAGAGUAGUGCAAGCUGCUGCUGCUUCCUUGGAGUUGCAGCUCAACUAGCAAUUACAGCUUUGUAUUUCAGUGUUUCUUCUGUGCUUGUCUGAUGGCUCUUUGAGCCCUUUUGCCCCCACAACCGAGCAGCUAUAUCCAGCAACAGUGUGGCUGCAGGAGAACCAUUCCCCAUCUGAGAUGCAGGACUGGAUCCUGCAGUUGCUGAAAACUUCAGCCUUGGUCCAGCAAAUACAAAUAAAGCCCAGACUCACACCAUUAAGUGAAGCAUGUGCCUGAGUGCAUGGCUGGGCCGGGUCAGGACUCAUCACCUUGCAGGAUUGAGCCAUUAUUUGUGUUGUAACACUCAUACCUGCUGGAUCCGGGCACCAUCCAGAGCUGCCGGUGGUGAAGGAAGCGGCAUUAGCAGGAUUCUUGCUAAGCUGGGCUCGGCUGGAGCUAUGCUCACCCUUUUUUUUUCCCUCUGUAGCUACAAUUACUCAUCGCAAACAUUGUUCCAAGAGCUGCCGAUCCCACUGACGAGCUUUAAUUUCUUCCUUGGUUUCAAAGUCUUUUUGUUUUUAUCCUAUGAUCCUCACCGAGACAGAUUUCCACUGCCGGCAGGGAGAUUUCAACCUGCUUAAGGCUUGCAGAAGGGCCUCUGGCUCUGCAAUCCCCCUGCAGUGUCCCCAGCGUGCACCGUCAUGCCCUGCAAGCAGCUCUGGGUGCGGAGCUCAGGGGAGAUUGACACCUCCCAAAUGCCUGAGUGCAUUGCUCGCAUGACACAGCCACCAGCUACUGAGAAGUGAGAUCCACGAGUGCCAACAUCUAUAUCGGGGGCUGUACGCGAGGUGUGUGGUCUCUCAGAUAUUUGGGAUGCAAAAUGCCACUAGCUGCCAUGCGAGUGUUGGUGUCGAUAAAAUAAGAAAGGUAUUUUUCGUUAAUCCUUAGCAAGUGCACUGUCAUGUGCUAAUUGGUCACAGGAAGCAAGAUGUAAGAUGUUGGGGUUUAUUAUCAGUAACACUGCUUGGGGGAUAGAGUUAAGAGCUAAAAAGACCCAAAUUCCGACUACGUGCUCCAAAGUUCUCUGCUUACAAAGUGCCUUUCCGCAGUGAAGUGGUGGAUUUCCCUGAUAUGGUUUGAAAAUGGUCACUGUUGUAAGGAAUGAAUAGAGCUAAAACAAACAACCAGGCUGUGAUGUCUCCUGUCACUGGUGGGGGAGUGAAAGGAGCUUCCCCCAAAGUUUUGACAACAUCUCUAACGAACUGUGAAAACUCUGUUGUUAGCAAUGGGUACAGAACGUGUGCGCUUCGAAUAAAACCAAUAACAUCAAAUUC